CCCCGGCCCGGCUCGAUGGGCGCCGCCGCCGGCCGGAGCGCCCACCCGGGGCCCGCGCGCGCCCCGCUCCCGCUCCCGCUGCUGCUGCGGCUGCUGCUGCUGCUGCCGCCGCUCGUCGCGGGCCCGGCGGCCGCGCAGGAGGCCCCGCCCGCCGAGUUCCCGGAGCUGUGCAGUUACACAUGGGAGGCUGUUGAUACGCAGAACAGCCGCGUGUAUAAAAUCAAGCUCUGUGGAGAUGGGGAGAUGGUCGGGUGUGAGCCAUCAAGUGCUGUUUGUAUGUUCGACUUGAAAACGCGCAAGUAUUAUUCAGUGGGUGAUUCUCUUUGGAGAAGCACGAGCAGAUCCCUCCUGGAGUUCAACACGACCACGGCCUGUCAGCAUGCAGGCUCCGAGCACCGCGUGCAGAGUAGCAUCACCUUCCUGUGUGGGAAGACACUGGGCACUCCUGAAUUUGUAACGGCCACGGAAUGUGUGCAUUACUUUGAGUGGAGGACCACUGCGGCCUGCAAGAAGGACAUAUUUAAAGCUAAUAAAGAGGUGCCGUGCUAUGCAUUCGACGCAGAGUUGAAGAAGCACGAUCUAAACCCGCUGAUCAAGCUGAGCGGAGGCUACCUGGUGGAUGACUCGGAUCCCGACACGUCUCUGUUCAUCAACGUGUGUAGAGACAUAGACUCCCUCCGAGACUUGAGCCUGCAGCUGCGCGCCUGUCCCCCGGGCGCAGCCGCCUGCCUGCUGAGAGGAAGCCAGGGCUUCGACGUGGGCCAGCCCAAGGACGGGUUGAAGCUGGUGAGCAGGGACAGGCUUGUCCUGAGCUACGUGAAGGAAGGGCCGGGGCAGCCGGACUUCUGUGAUGGCCACAGCCCUGCCGUGACCAUCACGUUUGUGUGCCCGUCUGAGCGGAGGGAGGGCACCAUCCCCAAGCUCACUGCCAAGUCCAACUGCCGCUACGAGGUGGAGUGGGUCACCGAGUACGCCUGCCACCGGGACUACCUGGAGAGCCAGAGCUGCCUUCUGAGCAGCGCGCAGCACGACGUGGCCGUGGACCUCACGCCCCUCGCCCACCAGAGAGGGUCCUAUGCCGCCGACGGGAAGGAGUACACGUUUUAUAUGAGCGUCUGUGGCAACGCCGAUCCCCCGGUCUGCAAUAACAAAGAGGCCGCGGUGUGCCAAGUGAAGAAGGCUGAUUCCACUCAAGUCAAAAUAGCGGGGCGACACCAGAACCAGACCCUCCGGUACUCCGACGGAGACCUCACCUUGAUAUAUUUCGGAGGCGACGAGUGCAGCUCCGGCUUUCAGCGGAUGAGCGUCAUCAACUUUGAGUGCAACAAGACCGCAGGGAACGAAGGGAGAGGAGGCCCUGUCUUCACGGGGGAGGUGGACUGCACCUACUUCUUCACCUGGGACACGCAGUACGCCUGCGUCAAGGAGAAGGAAGACCUCCUGUGCGGUGCCAGUGACGGGAAGAAGCGCUAUGACCUGUCUGUGCUGGCCCGCCACUCAGAAUCAGAACAGAACUGGGAGGCUGUGGAUGGGAGCCAGCCAGAGACAGAGAAGAAGUCUUUUUUCAUUAAUGUCUGUCACCGCGUGCUGCAGGAGGGCCGGGCCAGGAGCUGUCCUGAAGAUGCUGCCGUGUGUGCCGUAGAUAAGACCGGAAGCAAAAAUCUGGGAAAAUUUGUCUCUUCUCCUACAAAAGAGAAAGGAAACAUUCAGCUCUCCUAUUCAGAUGGUGAUGACUGUGCUGGUGGCAAAAAAAUAACAACCAACAUCACGCUCAUGUGCAAGCCAGGUGAUCUAGAAAGUGCUCCAGUGUUGAGAACUUCCGGGGACAGUGGUUGCUUCUAUGAGUUCGAGUGGCACACCGCUGCUGCGUGUGUGCUGUCGAGGACAGAAGGCGAGAACUGCACGGUCUUCGACGCCCAGGCAGGAUUUUCUUUUGAUUUGUCACCUCUCACAAAGAAAAAUGGUGCCUACAAAGUUGACACCGACAAAUAUGACUUCUAUAUAAAUGUUUGUGGCGCGGUGUCUGUGGAGUUGUGUCAGUCAGGCUCCGGGGCCUGCCAGGUAGCCAAAAGUGAUAGGAAAGUUUGGAACUUGGGGAUGAGCAAUGCUAAGCUUUCGUACUACGAUGGGAUGAUCCAGUUGAACUACAAGGACGGCACCCCCUAUAACAACGAAAAACAUACACCGAGAGCCACGCUCAUCACUUUCCUUUGCGACCGUGAUGCUGGAGUGGGCUUUCCCGAAUAUCAGGAAGAGGACAAUUCCACCUACAACUUCCGCUGGUAUACCAGUUACGCCUGCCCGGAGGAGCCCCUGGAGUGUGUGGUGACUGACCCCUCCACGAUGGAGCAGUAUGAUCUCUCUAGUCUGGUGAAGUCUGAAGGCAGCCGUGGUGGGAACUGGUAUGCCAUGGACAACUCGCGGGAACACGUCACAUGGAGGAAGUAUUACAUAAACGUGUGUCGGCCCCUCAACCCCGUGCGGGGCUGCGAUCGGUACGCGUCGGCUUGCCAGAUGAAGUAUGAAAACGACCAGGGCUCCUUGACUGAAGCCGUGUCCAUCAGUAACUUGGGAGUGGCAAAGACAGGCCCCGUGGUGGAGGAGAGUGGCAGCCUCCUCCUGGAGUACGUGAACGGCUCGGCCUGCACCACCAGCGACGGGCAGCUGACCACCUACAGCACCCGCAUCCACCUCGUCUGUGGCCGAGGAAGCCUGAACACCCACCCCAUAUUCACGUUCAACUGGGAGUGUGUGGUCAGUUUCCUGUGGAACACGGAGGCCGCCUGCCCCAUUCAGAUGAUUACAGACACAGACCAGGCGUGUUCUAUCAGGGACCCCAACAGUGGAUUCGUGUUUAAUCUUAACCCACUCAACAAUUCCCAAGGAUACGUAGUCUCGGGCAUUGGGAAGACCUUUGUGUUCAAUGUCUGCGGCGCCAUGCCUGUCUGCGGGACUGUUGGGGGAAAGCCAGCCUUUGGCUGUGAGGCCGAGACCCAGACAGAAGACCUAAAGAACCUGAAGCCGGAAAGGCCAGUUGGGUUUGAGAAAAGCCUCCAGCUCUCCACUGAGGGCUUCCUAACGCUCACCUACAAAGGGUCUGCCCCCAUGGACAGAGGCACUGCUUUCAUCAUCCGCUUCAUUUGCAACGACGACCUGUACCCGGGAACCGCCAAGUUCCUGCAUCAGGACAUCGACUCCGCCCGCGGCAUCCGCCACACGUACUUCGAGUUCGAAACUGCCUUGGCCUGCGUGCCUUCUCUGGUGGAUUGCCAGGUCACCGACCCCGCUGGGAAUGAGUACGACCUGAGCGCCCUGAGCACAGUCAGGAAGCCGUGGACUGCCGUGGACACAUCGGUGGACGGGAAGAAGCGCACUUUCUACCUGAGCGUCUGCAACCCUCUCCCUUACAUUCCCGGGUGCCAUGGUAGCGCAGUGGGGUCUUGCUUGGUGUCAGAAGACAACAGCUGGAAUCUGGGCGUCGUGCAGAUCAGCCCGCAGGCCACCGCCAACGGGUCACUGAGCAUCCUGUAUGUCAAUGGUGACAAGUGUGGGAACCAGCGCUAUUCCACCAGGAUCACGUUCGAGUGUGCUCAGACGUGGGGGUCGCCCACAUUCCAGCUCCUGGACGACUGCGAGUACGUGUUUGUCUGGAGGACGGUGGAGGCCUGUCCUGUGGUCAGAGAGGAAGGAGAUCAUUGUCAGGUGAAAGACCCAAGGCACGGCAACGUGUAUGACCUGGCGCCCCUGGGCCUCAGCGACACGGUCGUGAGCGUCGGCGAGUACACCUACUACUUCCGCGUCUGUGGGAAGCUGUCCUCCAGCGUCUGCACCAGCCGCGUCGGGGCCGAGGCGGUCUCCUCCUGUCAGGAGAAGCGAGGGCCGCAGGGCUUCCAGAAAGUGGCAGGUCUCUUCACUCAGAAGCUGACCUACGAAAACGGGCUGUUGAAGAUGAACUUCACGGGGGGCGACACGUGCCACCAGGUGUACCAGCGCUCCACCACCAUCUUCUUCUACUGCGACCGGACCACACAGAAGCCGGUGUUUCUGAAGGAGACGUCAGACUGCUCCUACUUGUUUGAGUGGCGGACCCAGUAUGCCUGCCCGCCCUUCAACGUGACCGAGUGCUCCUUCAAGGACGCGGCCGGCAACUCCUUCGACCUGUCCCCGCUGGCGAGGUACAGUGACAACUGGGAGGCCGUGACCAGGACGGGGGCCACCGAGCACUACCUCAUCAACGUGUGCAAGUCGCUGGCGCCGCAGGCCAGAGGCUCUGAGCGGUGCCCCCCGGAGGCGGCCGUGUGCCUGCUGGACAGCUCCAAGCCCGUGAGCCUCGGCAGGGUGGGGGACGGUCCUCAGUGGAGCGAUGGGGCGAUGGUUCUGAAGUACACGGACGGCGACUUGUGUCCAGACAAGAUUCGGAGGAGGUCCACCACCAUCCGCUUCACCUGCAGCGAGAGCCAGGUGAACUCCAGGCCCCUGUUCGUGAGCGCAGUGCAGGACUGCGAGUACACCUUCUCCUGGCCCACGCCCGCGGCCUGUCCCGUGAAGAGCAACGUGCACGAUGACUGCCAGGUCACCAACCCCAGCACAGGGCACCUGUUCGACCUGAGUUCCUUGAGCGGCAGAGCUGGCGUCACCGCCGCCUACAGCGAGAAGGGGCUGGUCUACAUGAGCGUCUGCGGGGACAACGAGAACUGUGCUCCCGGAGUGGGCGCCUGCUUCGGGCAGACCAGGAUCAGCGUGGGCAAGGCCAGCAAGAGGCUGAGCUACGUGGAUCAGGUCUUGCAGCUGGUGUACGAGGACGGGUCCCCGUGCCCCUCCAAGUCGGGCCUGAGCUACAAGAGCGUCAUCAGCUUCGUGUGCAGGCCCGAGGCGGGGCCCACCAACAGGCCCAUGCUCAUCUCCCUGGACAAGCAGACGUGCACGCUCUUCUUCUCCUGGCACACGCCCCUGGCCUGCGAGCAAGUCGUGGAAUGUUCCGUGAGGAACGGAAGCUCUAUUAUUGACCUGUCCCCUCUCAUCCACCGCACUGGUGGUUACGAAGCCUACGACGAGAGCGAGGAUGACACCUCUGACACCAACCCCGACUUCUACAUCAACAUCUGCCAGCCGCUCAAUCCCAUGCACGGAGUGCCCUGCCCUGCCGGCGCUGCCGUGUGCAAGGUCCCCGUCAGCGGGCCCCCGCUGGACAUUGGCCGGGUGACAGGCCCUCCGAUACUCAAUUCUGCUACGAAUGAGAUCUACCUGAAUUUUGAAAGCAGUACUCCUUGCUUAGCGGACGUGCAUUUCAACUAUACCUCACUGAUUGCAUUUCACUGCAAGAGAGGCGUCAGCAUGGGCACUCCGAAGCUGAUAAGGACCAGCGAGUGUGACUUUGUGUUUGAGUGGGAGACUCCGCUCGUCUGUCCCGACGAAGUCAAGACAGAAGGCUGCUCCCUGACGGACGAGCAGCUGCUCUACAGCUUCAACUUGUCCAGCCUUUCCAAGAGCACCUUCAAGGUGGCCCGGGACUCCCGCACGUACAGCGUGGGGGUGUGCGCUGCGGCCGCCGGCCCGGAGCAGGAGGGCUGCAAGGAUGGAGGCGUGUGUCUGCUGUCUGGGAGCAAGGGGGCGUCCUUUGGACGGCUGUCGUCCAUGCAGCUGGAUUACCGGCACCAGGACGAAGCUGUCAUCCUGAGUUACGUGAAUGGUGAUGUUUGUCCUCCAGAAACGGAAGAGGGGGAUGCGUGCAUCUUCCCCUUCGUCUUCAACGGGAGGAGCUACGAGGAGUGCGUCCUGGAGGGGCGGGCGAAGCUCUGGUGCAGCACGACCGCAAACUACGACCGAGACCGCGAGUGGGGCUUCUGCAGGCAGACCAACAGCCACCGGACGUCCGCCAUCGUCUUCAAGUGUGACGAGAACGAGGACGUGGGAAGGCCGCAGGUGUUGAGCGAAGCUCGCGGGUGCGAGGUGACGUUCGAGUGGAGAACCAAGGUGGUCUGUCCUCCAAAGAAGAUGGAGUGCAAGUUUGUCCACAAGCACAAAACCUACGACCUGCGGCUGCUCUCCUCGCUCACGGGGUCCUGGUACUUCGUCCACGAAGGAGCCGCGUACUUCAUAAACCUGUGCCAGAAAGUUUACAAAGGGCCCCUGGGCUGCUCCGAGAGAGCCAGCAUUUGCAAGAAGAGCGCCUCUGGCCAAGUCCAGGUCCUGGGACUCGUGCACACACAGAAGCUGGACGUUGUGGACGACAGAGUCAUCGUUACCUAUUCCAAAGGCUAUGCGUGCGGUGACAACAAGACCGCGUCUUCGGUGAUAGAGCUGACCUGUGCCAAGACGGUGGGCAGGCCUGCGUUCAAGAGAUUCGACAUCGACAGCUGUACCUACUACUUCCGCUGGGACUCGAGGGCUGCCUGUGCCGUGCACCCCCAGGAGGUGCACAUGGUGAACGGGACCCUCACCAACCCUGUCAACGGCAAGAGCUUCAGCCUCGGGGACAUUUAUUUUAAGCUGUUCAGUGCCUCUGGCGACAUGAGAACCAACGGCGACAACUACCUGUACGAAAUCCAGCUGUCCUCCAUCACCAGCUCCACCAACCCCGCCUGCUCGGGAGCCAACAUCUGCCAGGUGAAGCCCAGUGACCAGCGCUUCAGCAGGAAAGUGGGCACGGCCGACAGGACCAAGUACUAUGUGCAAGAUGGCGAUCUGGACAUCGUGUUUGCGUCUUCCUCCAAGUGUGGGAAAGAUAAGAACAAGUCUGUCUCUUCCACCAUCUUCUUCCACUGUGACCCUCGUGUGAAGGACGGCAUCCCCGAGUUCAGCCACGAGACAGCCGACUGCCAGUACCUGUUCUCCUGGUACACUUCGGCCGUGUGCCCCCUCGGGGUGGGCUUUGACGGCGAGAGUGCUGGACUGGACGGGCCCGAGUACAAGGGGCUCUCAGAGCGGAGCCAGGCCGUGGGGGCGAUCCUCAGCCUGCUCCUGGUGGCCCUGACCGGCUGCCUGCUGGCCCUGUUGCUUCACAAGAAGGAACGGCGGGAAACUGUGAUAAAUAAGCUAACGAAUUGCUGCCGAAGAAGCUCGAGCGUGUCCUACAAGUACUCGAAGGUGAACAAGGACGAGGAGACGGACGAGAACGAGACGGAGUGGCUGAUGGAGGAGAUCCAGCUGCCGGCCCCCAGGCCGGGGAAGGACGGGCAGGAGAACGGGCACAUCACCACCAAGGCCGUGAAGGCGGAGGCGCUCACGUCCCUGCACGGGGACGACCAGGACAGCGAGGACGAGGUCCUGACCAUCCCGGAGGUGAAGGUCCACCCGGGCAGAGGCGCCCGGCCCCCGAGAAGCCCGCCCCGCGGGGCCCUUCGGGAGAGGGACGACGACCGGGUGGGGCUGGUCCCUGGCGAGGCCAGGAAAGGGAAGGCCAGGCCCGGACAGCCGAAGCCCGCGAGCUCCGCCACGCUGGCCUCCUUCCACGACGACAGCGACGAGGACCUCUUGCACAUCUGACGGCGCGUGCCGGAGAGCGCGGAGCCGCGGGACAGCCAAGCACCUCCAACCAAAUAAGACUUCAGCUCCACGACGAUGCUUCUAGAAUUUUGCCUUUAACAAAAACUGCUUCAAAAGGGAAGAGUUUUUGUGCUGGGGGGAGGGGGGGAG